AGUAGGCGAGCUCCGCCCCCACGCCCCGCCCGCGCAGGGGAUCAGGUGACCUCGGGCCGGCGCGGUCACGUGGCUGGGCGCGCCCGCCCAUUGUGGCCAUGGCGGCCGCAGGCUCCAGUGUGGUGAGGCGAGUGGAGGAGCUCGGCGACCUGGCGCAGGCCCACAUACAACAACUUAGCGAAGCCGCCGGCGAAGAUGAUCACUUUUUAAUUCGGGCCUCUGCAGCUCUAGAAAAAUUGAAACUUCUGUGUGGAGAAGACAAAGAAUGUUCAAAUCCAUCAAAUCUUCUAGAACUUUACACACAGGCUAUUUUGGACAUGACAUAUUUUGAGGAGAACAAGCUAGUAGAUGAAGAUUUUCCUGAGGAUUCUUCAGAGAAAGUAAAAGAGUUGAUAAGUUUUCUUUCAGAACCAGAAAUUUUAGUAAAAGAAAACAAUAUGCAUCCAAAACACUGCGAUUUGCUUGGGGAUGAACUCCUGGAAUGUCUCUCUUGGAGACGAGGAGCCCUACUUUAUAUGUACUGUCAUUCUCUGACCAAAAGGAGAGAAUGGCUCACAAGAAAAUCUAGCUUGCUUAAAAAGUACCUUAUUGAUGGAAUCAGUUACUUGAUACAGAUGCUAAAUUUUCGGUGUCCCAUCCAGUUAAAUGAAGGCGUUUCUUUCCAAGACCUAGACACAGCUAAAUUACUGAGUGAAGGAAUAUUUAGUGAUAUUCAUUUGCUGGCUAUGAUGUACAGUGGAGAAAUGUGUUACUGGGGAUUGAAGCAUUGUGCAGAUCAACAGCCAGAAAAUCAUGAAGUGGAUACAGGUGUUUCUGGAGCAAGCUACGCUGCAUACAAAGAACCCUUGGAUUUCCGAGAAGUGGGAGAAAAAAUUUUGAAAAAGUAUGUAUCUGUGUGCGAAGGACCCCUGAAAGAACAAGAAUGGAAUACAACAAAUGCAAAACAAAUUUUAAACUUCUUUCAACAUCACACUAACUAGUAAGUUCACCUAGUCCUUUUCAAACAAGAAAACAAACCAAAAGACUCAUGAAAUGGAAGUUCCAGAAAAGACACCUUGAUACUGAAUUACACUACAUAAAGAAAACCAGUAUGGUUAUUACCCUUUUUUAAAAUGCAGUCACCAUCUUUCUUUCACUGUAUAUUCUAAUACCUAUGAAGGAAUGAUUCUUUAAUUUCUAAAGUGGCAUUUGUAUUACUCUAACUCAGUCUGAACCUCAAAUAUCCUGUAAGUAAUACUAAGGAGGAAUCAAAUUUAUCUUUAUAAAGAUUUUUUUUAUUGCUUUAGAUUAUUUUUUUAUUGUGGUACAAUAUGCAUACCUAAAAUAGACCAUUUUAACUAUCUUUAAUUAUUGUUAAUUUUUUUUUUUUUUUUAAUUUUAUGGUCAUACCCUUGGUGUGUGGGGGUUCCUGGGCCAGGGAUUGAAUCUGAGCUGCAGCUUGCUGACCUGUGCCACGGUGAUGGCAAUGCCAAAUCCUUUAACCCACUGCCAGGGAUUGAACCCAUGCCUCUGCAGCUAUCCAAGCUGCUGCAGUCCAAUUCUUAACCCACUGCUCCGCAGUGGGAACUCCUCUAUAGAUUAUUGUUUAAUUUCCCUGUCUUGAGGUUUGUUUCACGUCAUAGGUUAAAAUCAAGUCAUGUCUUUGCUUUGGAUAUAUGCUAUGGAUAUAAAAAAAGCAAGAUGAAAAAUUGUGACUAAUAUCCAGGUGCCAUUUCCAGAAUAAGAUAAUGAAAGAUUCCACAAGAGAAUUUUUAAUUAUUGCACCACAUACUACUAAUGGCAUUUAAAAGUUUUAGUCUGUUAGGCAUUUUAUAAAAAUUUUAAAAUGAUUUUCCUAUUUUGUUUAAAAGGAUAUGUAUAGUGUAUUAAAUGAGUGUUGAAGAUAAAACCAAGUUAUUUUAGUCUGCCAUUAGCUCAUAUGUCUUUGGGGCACAUCUUUCCAUGUUUUGAAAUUUUAAUAUUUUUUGUCUUUAUUAGUAGGGGUGAGUGUUAAAGGCCAAUAGGCUAACCUAGUAUCUUGCUUACAGUCUUUCUGUCUACCUCAAUUCCUGUUGCUGUCUUGGAUCGAUCUGACACCUUGCAAGUAUCUUUGACCUCUGGGCCAUUGACUUCAUUACAUUCCAGGAACUUAACUCCCAUGGCCACACCAUGAAUAUCACCAUCCUGAAUUUAUCUUUCUGAAAUUUUAAAUUUCAGUCACUAAUGAUAUUCUCAUCUUUUUAGCUUUUUUAAAUUCUUCAUUUUUAUUGAUUUUUCUCUUAUUUCUUUUCUAUCUCUUUAGCUUCUUCAUAGCCUCUUCCUCUUGACUCUUUUCUCCUCACCAUUAGCUUCUUUCAGAUUUUCUUCUUUCCUUAUCUACCUUCUGCCUUGGGGGGCACCAUAUUAAGUGCUCUCCAAAGUCCCUUAAUUAAUCCUACCAUUCUACCUUCUUUUCUGGGAUGCUUAGUUCUUUGUGAGGUUCCUGCCGCCUGUCAAAGUAGAAUCACUCUAAGUAUCUCACCUUCAACUUUUUUGGGGGAGGGCUGGGGUUGGGGAGCUGUGCCUGCAGCGUGCAGAAAUCCCUGAGCCAGGGAUUUAACCUGAGCCAUAGUGGUGACAAUGCCAAAUCCUUAACCACUAGGCCACAAGGGAACUCCCUCACCUUCAACUUUAGAAGAGCCCUCAAGUUAAGCCUUUCAUCUGUUACUAGUGUCGCCCCUAUCCCUUCCCACGGUUGCUAAUCCACAUCUCAUCACUUUUCUCUGGCCCUUUGUCGCACCCCUAGUGCAUGGCUCUUGGUCCCAUCUUAUAGAAAAUAGAGACUCUGAGGAGGUUAGUGUCUGUUUACUUGCCUUGCUCUGUUCAUUUUCCCCUUUUUUUAGAGGAAAAGAGGUGGCCUGCUUCAUGAUGAAGAUCAGUCUCUACCUUUCCUCUCUGCCAGCUCCCUCAUUUCCCCUGAGUCUUCUCUUCUUUCCGACAAUACCUUGUAGGUAUUGUUUUUUUCCCAGAGAACUAUCUUUUUUUUCUUCCUUCUCCUCCCCUUUUUCCUUCCUUUCUUCUUUUUUUCUCUUUUACUUACUCUGAUACAACACAGGUUUGACCUACACGGGUCCACUUAUAGGUGGAGUUUGUUCAGUAGUAAACACUACAGUACUAUAUAAUUAGUGAUUGGUUACAUCUGCAGAUACGGAGUAACCACAUAUAUGGAGGGUCGACUGUAAGUUAUACUCAGAUUUUUGACUGCUAGGGAUAGUUGCAUCCCUAACCCUCCCAUUGUUCAAGGCUCAGCUGUAUUCUUGUUUGAUGUUACAGAUGGCUUCUGCUACCGGCAAUGUUAGGCUGACUCCCAAACCUAUAGCUUGAAUCGCAGCUUUUGCUCUCUACUCCUUUCUAACUGCCCCUUCAGUGUCUUCACUUAGUCCAUAGUAAUUUUAAAUCCAGUAAAUUUACAUUGGUUCAAACAACUAAUCAUCAUCUUUUUAUCUAAAACCUUUUUCAGUUUAUGUUUUCUCUUUUUUCAGUCUUCUGCAAAGCAGGGCAACACAGAAUGUCAUAACCUAGUUUUUUCUGCCUACUUGCCUCCUCUCUGCAUUUCUUUCUGUGUGAACAAUAUUCUAGGCCAAGGUUCUUCAGGCUCCUUUUUGGUGAACAUUCUGAUAGAGCUUCUUGGGACAAGGAGAGUCUCUAUCUCUGCCUUUGUCUUCUUGUUUAUCCCUACAUGGCUAAGAUUUUCAUUUAACCUAGCUUUUAACAAGUUUUACUAUGAAAAUACCUUUGUGCUGUUUAAGUAUAAAGAUUUAAGGGAGGGUGUUCCUUUCAUGGCUUAGUGGUAAGGAACCCCGACUAAUAUCCAUGAGGAAGUGGGUUGCAUCCCUGGCCUCGCUCAGUGGGUCAGGGAUCCGGUGUUGCCAUGAGCUAAGGUAUAGGUCGCAGAUGAGGCUCAGAUCCCUCGUUGCUGUUGCUGUGGCUGUGGCAUAGGCCAGCAGCUAUAGCUCCGAUUGGACUCCUAGCCUGGGAACUUCCAUUUGCCGCACCUGCGGCUCUAAAAAGCAAAAAAAAAAAAAAAAAAAAAAAGAUUUAGGGAGUUCUCUGAUGCAGUAGGUUAUGGAUCCAACACUGUCGAUACAGCAGCUCUGAUCACUGCUGUGGUAUGGGUUGUUCAGUCCCUAGCUUGGGAACUUUUAUAUGCUGCAAGCACAGCCCAAAAAAUUUAAAAAAAUUCAUAUUACAGACUGCCCUUCCCCACCCCUUUUAGAGUUUCAUGAUCGAUCACCAGUGUACUAGUUCCUUCUGCAGUGUGCUAUAUGUUUUUUCCCUCGAUGUCUUCCUUACUUAGGCUGGAAUGCUUUGCCCUUCUUUGUGUCCAUGUGAAUACUCAUUUUUCCUUUAGGACUCAGCUCCGGUAUUACUGUAUUCAUGAAGCUUUUUCCAGCCCUGUUCAGUCAGAGUUACAUGGUCCUUUUCUUCUGCUCCCUGAGUUCUCCCCUCCCAAAUUAUCACACUGAUCACAUUGCUUUCUAAUCACUUUUUUUUAAUGAGUUGGUGAACUCCAUGUUUUAAACAUUUAUCUUUAUACAUAAUGCUUAAUGAAUGGUAGGCCCUUAGUGAUGUUUUUUGAGUUUAUAAGAGACAUGAUUCUUAAAUACUAAACUCUGCCCUAAAGGGUUACUGCUGUUGGAUUAUACACUGCCACACCCUCUAUACCCAUGGUUGACCAGGCUGAGAGGGUAUUACUCAGAGGAGUAAAGUAUUAUUUAGAUUUAGAACCAGAGAAAAUAAGAGAACUUUCUCUUCAGAAGCUGGGAACGCCGUAUUGUCUUCAUGACCCUUGUGAACCAUUUGGAUCUCUGACCAAUUGGUACACUAAUGAGGGUACAAUUGAGUGCUUUUUAUACAACUUUUUCAUCCCCCACACAAUUGGAAAAUAAUUUGCAGACCGUAACAGUUAAAUAAUGCCUUUUACUGUGAUGUAUUACAAAGCAAUGAGCUACACAUUUUUGUGUGCAUUAAAGACUGCUAAGUAAAUUCUGUUUCAUUUAGAAUGGAUUAAAUAACUUCAACAUACCAAAUCUUCACAUAAGGAAAGUACUAUAAUUCAUUCAUCAACAACUAUUUAUUAUGUGCCUACUAUAUGCCAGGUUUUAUCUUAGGCACUGAGGAUAUACCUUUGUAAAACACCAGAGUUUGUAUUCUAGAGGAGGAAGUUAAUUCAUUUUAAGGAAUGUGUAUCGUGUCUGUGGUGAGUGCUGUGAGGAAUAAAGCAGGUAUGGGGCUAGUGUAACUCUGGAGAGCAGUGCUGUUUUAUUCACGGGAGGUGGGAAGGUACCUCUAAAGCACCUAUUUACCUGAGCAUUUGUGUCUUCAAGUUCUACCCCUUUGGUUAAAUACCAUGAAAUGUGCCAUUGAACAUUCAGUAUAUUCAUAAAGUUUCUCUUAUGGAAGUUCUGAUGCUGAAUUGAAUGAAUCACUGCUUAAGAACUUAAUUAGAUCACAUUUAAAGGUUUUUUUUUUUUUUUUCCAGUGCGGGCUUUAUUAAUAGGUAAGUGAUAACGUAAAGGUUUUGUAGCCUUUAUUACAGUUGGAGUUUCUCUCCAUUUUGAGCUCUUUGAUGGUUACUAAAACUUAAACUGUUAAAGGAUUUUUCAUAAUCCUUAAAUUUGUAUGAUUGUUUUCCAUUAUGAAUUGUCUCAUGUUAACCAGGCUUUGAGACUUGGUUAAAGAGUUUCUGGCUACUGUUAAUUGUAUGAUGCUGAUUAAAAUACAAUUCAUGACUGAAGGCUUUCCCUUAUUUCUUUGCAUGUUGUAGAGUGAGGUGUGAGUCAUGGCUACAACUCCCACAAUAAAAUUUACAUUCCUGCCUUUAUAAUCCCACUGGGAAUUCUCUCUUGUUCAGUAAAGUGGGAACUGCCUCUAAAGGCAUUCUCAGGCUCGUUUUAAUGUUAUUAAAAACAAAACAAAACAAAAUAAAACACACAGCUGGCUGAUGUGCUAGAUUUAGAUUGCUUGUCGCUUUUCUCUCUCCACCUUCCAAGGGCUCCUUUUCUCGCUCCCAUAAGGAUACCCCAUAUGCCACAGAAUACAGGAUUCCACAGUUCUCUAGUAUCACCUCCAUGUAUUUUUUUUUUUUUUUAACACAAUAUGAGCUAUCACGUUAUGGAAGUAUUACAUUAACAUACAUUUAUGUAUCCACAAUUAAAGUAUGCAUUAUGUAUUUGUGCUGCUGUUCUUACUGUUUUGUGUUUUCCAACUUCUAGGAAAAUUUUCAAGUAGAAUGUUUUGAAGCAUAUAAACUUUUAAAAAAAAAUAAAAUCGUAUUCCUA